AUGGUCGUCCGCGUCCCUCCAGCCUGGAGUGCCUCUCCGAGAAUCCAGACCCCCUCCGAGUUAGCCCGUGUGUCAGACAACCGGUGCCAUUCUGUGAAAAAGUCAGGGAAGCAUCGAUGUGAACAGGGAUCACCCUGCUGCACACCGCCUGCCCUUCUCUUCGUCUCUGUCUCUAGCUGCCUCCCUCCUGUCGUCCUGGUAACCUGGGGUGAGCACCUACAUUACUGCAGGGCAGACGCAGCCCGGGCCUUCAGGGAGCCCAGCUUCCAGCAGAACAGAGACAUGGACGCGCUGGUCACGGGGGCUCGCUCUGCGGGUCGUGCGGGCUUCUCGCUGUGCCUGCUUCGCCGCCGCGGACCGCAGGCUCAGAGGCAGGCUCAGGAGUUGUGCCCCGGGGCUUACCGACCCUGGGCCCGUGGGGUCCUCCCAGACCGGGCAGGGAACCGUGUCCCCUGCAUUGGCGGGCAGACGCGUAACCGCUGGGCGCACCAGGCAAGCCCCUCGGUCGUAUCACUGCGCGCCGCCUGCCUCGACCCACCCGAGCGCCGGGUCUAA